AUGUAUGCCUACAUAUGUGUUGUUACGACACGCGAGUUAAACAUGUACCUCGGUGACGUUGAUAAUAAUAAAAUAGUAAUCAUCAGGAAGACAAUGAUGAUUCUCUUAAUAACCUGGUUGAGUCUGUCAACUCUCGUCUCUGUGGAGAGCAGCGACAGAUGGUCACGUCAGACGUCAAACAGCGAGUGGAUUCCUUUGGCACGUCCAAGAUCAGCACUUCCGCAUCAGACGCCAGUGGUCAGUAGUCACAGUCAGUCACCCUCUGGCUCCGCUUUAUUACAUAAUCCCAAUAAUAAUAUUCAAUCGCUGAACCUACCUCCGGCAUUGCAGCAAGAGUACCAGCAGCAGUUAAUGCAACUUCAAAAAACUCAGGAGAGCAUCCAGAAACUUUUGUUAUUGCAGCAACAGCUCAGGUCGCAACAGCAAUUGCUUCAGAAUCAAGCGUAUUUGCCGAAUGCUGUCGAAGAAAACAAACAGCCAUUUAGACAAAACGCGAUUCCAAAUCGACAAGUUGAUUAUAACUCAGAAGGGGCACCUCCGCAACUGUCUUCGGAUGCUUUGCCGCCUGUUUAUUCUUCACAGCAAUUCAAGCAAUCUCAGGAGGCGGCAAUUGAAGGUGGAGUUCCACCUUCUGGACCGGCCAGUGAUGGAAAAGGAGAAAAUACCGAUGAAGAGAUUCAGGUGGUAUACGUCCCAGCGGAAACACUUGCGCAACGAGGCCAAUCCAAGGAGGAAAGAAACCGCGACCACAACCAAUUUUCCUUCCCGCGACACGAUAAUCGUUACCCCCAUCCUCAACAAAUCGACUCCUCGCCACCCGUCACCACAGAGGAGCCCUACAGCCAAGAAUAUGUCGAGUUUCCCCGCGGACAGCAAGCGAUCGAGCAGUUCUACAAAGAGGCCCGCCAAAAAGAGCUUGACCGGCUCAAUGAAGAGCGAAAAGAAAUAGCCCGUCAAGCUAAAAUCGCUGCUGCCGCUCGUCAGCGGGAGCAAGAACGCGCCCACCAGCGUGACAUGGACAAGAAGCUCAAAGAACUCGCUAAAAUUGAAGAACUCGCGAAACAACGCGAAUUAGAGCGCAUCCGUGAAGACCGACUUCGCGAGCGCCAAAGACUCGAUGAACAGGAAAAAGUUAGAAUGAAGGAAGAAAAAGCCCGUCAGGCAGAAAUUGAACGACUGGCAGCUCUCGAGAGGCAGAAAAAUGCCGAAAUCGAGCGGUCCAUCCUCAGGCAAAAGGAGCUCGAGAAAGCUGCCCUCCAGCAAGAAGAAGUAAGAGCCGAAGAAUUGAAGAGCUCUGAAGAACUUCACCAACAACACCACUCCGAAAAUAUCAAGCACAAAGGACCCAGGCAUCGCAGCAAGCCGAGAAGACCUCACAAGGACGAGGUCCAAGAAGCCUCCACAAUCCCUCCUCCCAACCAGCCGCCCCUCGCCGUGUUUAUGGGCCCAGACCUCGAAGCUCAAGAAACCCAGCCCCAGUUCCAAGUAAUCGACGCCCUGCGAUUCUUACGUGAUGCAAAAACGAUCCCGGUUCUCGACCAUGUUUCAUCAACCAACCCCCGAGUCUUCGUAGGACCCGCGAACUUGGAUCCUCCUCAAGGGUACUCCAAGUUCGACCUGCCCUAUCUUUCUUCCCUGGACAUGAAUCGCGUUGAAAGACGUGUCGAUAAACUUCCUUUCUUCGUAGCGCCUUUGAGCUUCAGUCCGCCUGUCGGGUACUACAAGAUUCCUUUCCCUCAUCCGCACAUUGGGUCGGUGAUCGUCAACAGCCUAGAUGACAAUAUCGGCCCCUCUGCCAGUCAGGAAAAUUCUAAGACAGUGCCAAAUGUCAUUGAUCACAACUUGCCGGUUUCUGGCCCUGGUCCAUACCAGGCGAGCUAUGAACUAGCGAGUCGAGCUCCUUAUCCCAACGGGUAUCCAUCAGCCACUCCGCAGUAUCCUUAUCCGUCGAGUUCCGGGAACGAGGGGUAUUUACGGGGAUAUGAGCAACAAUCUGUGACUCCUUAUCCUCAAUCUGAAGAGUACGCGACUACUACUGAUUACAGAAAGCCGAAUAUUGUAUCUUCGUAUUCGUAUGACACUGCUCCUACGACCCCUGCAUAUCAGGAUGGAUAUGCGCACACCAGGGUCCAGCCGAACAAGGACCAGGAGAUAACUUCUCAAUUGGCUCAAGUCAACCAGCAUGAUUACUCUCAGCACAGACACGCCGAGAAUCCUUAUCAGCAUCCUAGUCAGCAAGCUUCUCAUUCCUUGAAUCCCCACCAUGGGAUUUAUCACCUGAAUCCCAAUAUCCAGAACUCGUAUGAGGAGAUUGAUGCAAGGCCAGUUGGGCCCAAUGGAAAUGGGAAUAGUAAUGCGAAUGUGGUUCCUAUGACGGGAGGAAGAGUUACAGUGCGAACAACAACACCCUCGUCGACGAGCAUCACCCCCACAGGGUCCACGCAGAGAAAUUAUGAACGGACACGAAGACCAUUUAAUAGAUCUAGAUCACGAUUUACGACUACUACUACCACCGAAGAGUAUAAGGACACUUACGAGCCAAGUAGGUCUAAAGUUCCCGAGACUACUAUUAGGUACACUACUCAAGAAUAUCGUCGGCCGGCGAACAAGAUACAAAAGUUCAAGAACCGCAAUCACGAAGCGCUAAAUCAAAUCCCAAACAUUCAAGCCCACGAGACUUUAUCUGAUGACGGAAGCAUCCCUGAAGACCCAACCAACCCACGCCAGUAUCAAAACUACAAUGUGCCACUCACCACCGUGAGCUCUUUGACGUAUAGCGACGAAAGUUUGACAACAGAACGAGAUUACUCUAAGAAUCCUAAUUACCCUCAUCUAUCUCACGACAGAUUCCGCGGGUCCGAUAAUGGCUACCAGGCAAACUUACAGGCCCAGGGGUAUGAUUAUGAUGCACCAGAAGGAGCUAACAUUAAUAGUAAUAACAAUAAUGCUCCGUCGACACCGAUAUCGGUGACACCCGAGUAUUAUUAUGCCGAUAAAACUGAAAGUGCUGAAGGCGUAACUGAUAUACCUUAUUCUCAAGUGGAAUAUCGUCCUAGUAUUAAUUACAACAACAAUAAUAAUAAUAAUAAUAAUAAUAAUAAUAAUAAUAAUAAUGAUGACAGAAGUAGUACAAGUGGUGAAAAUAGUCCGACAACGACAGAAGCACCAACGACAACGGAACCGGCGCCAGUAAUAAUUCGCCAGCGAGUAAGGGCGCGAUUAGGGGGUCGCCCUAGACAGGACUCCCCGAUCCAGACGGCGCCGAGGGGCUCGCAGGACGAGUUUGUACACUUUAGCGCAGUGAAUCAACCGCGACAACAAUCAACAACCGCGAGGACACGCCCGAGAGCGAAAAAGCCCAACUAUCUCACCGCGGCUCAGGUCCAGAGCGAAGGAAACGAUUACGUAAGAAUACAGUCUGCUAAUCGUCCGCAUCCUAAAACAAUUGUGCAAGCAGCUGCUCCGAAAACUACUACAACCACCCUCGCCCCCGCUAGUGAGGAGUCUAGCGAGGAAGAGUAUGGAUUCUUCCGGAAGCCCAACUUUAAUCAACCCCACAAUCUUAUCAGCAGCAAAUUCCGCGCUCCGGAAUCACCAAUCCAACUCCAAAAUGUAGGACCGACUGACGGAACAGCAGCAGAUUCAAGUCCUACCCACACACAAGUACCGACUAAAAAUCGGCAGAAGUAUCAAACGCCAAGCCGACCACGUCCUGUGAUAAAAUCAUCAACUGCGUCUGUAACAACGACACCUAGUGCUUUGGACACUCAGUCCUUCACGACAAAGCCUCGCGUGAGAGCUGAGGAGCCUAAAAACCGAAUACGGACCCGGGUCAGAAGACCUGGUCGUAGGCGUACAACCACUACAAGCACCACCACCGAGGAUCCACUCGAUGAAAACAACAAUUUGCCUCUGGAAGAAAAUUACCCAAGGCUACCGAUCCAUCCGAAGGAGUCGAGAGACAGCGCCGAGAGACAGUCGAUCUACGACGGUAAUUAUGAAACUUUGCCAGUUAAUUCCGGAGCUAAUGGGCCCAGUCGCUCGGAUUAUGUUUAUGAAAAUUAUCCCAACCAAGACCGCGAGUUCAUGCUGAAUUUCGGAGCCUCGGACAUCGUGGAAGAGCAACAAGAUCAAAGUAGCCUCAAGCUAAGCAAGAACCAUCAUGAUGAGUCAAGGCUGAGACCUUAUUCCAGGCAGCAGCCCUCGGAUAUUUACGGAUCCGAGAGCCAGUGGUCGACCAAGUUGACCCAAUCCUCUUUCCAGCCGGUGAACCAGCUUCCGGAGGAGGAUAAACUCCCGAGAGAGCAGAAAGAAAUUAGCGCCAAAAAAGAGGAUGCCCCGGAAAUAAUAACCGCGAGGCCUGAUGAUGGAUUUAUGACUGUUCUAGUCUCUUCUGACAAUCAAACCAGCACCCCCGGGCUGGACAUGACGGGAGAAACUACUAUGCCGACUGAUUUCGGAAUGAAAAUGUCUGCAGAAGAAUCUAUAAGAAUCCGCGUACGUCCAUCACCACCGGAUGACUUUGUAACCGCUGAGUCUCAGCAUUUUAACUCAGCAGUAAACAACCUCGUGCAAGAGCAAGCUAAACCCAACGAAAUGUCCCCACAAUACAACAGUAAUCCAAACUACGAACCACCGAGUUCAGAAGUUUCAACCGAAUCAAUAACUACCACUCCAACAACCAGCAGCGUAACUCCAGAUUCAACAACUAUCAUCACCGAAACUAAAGAGCAAAAACAUGAAACACCAGAAUCUGCAUCAAUUCCACUUAUUAAUGAAACAACUGAACUAGUAAAAAGCGACAGUGAUGAUUACAAUCCAGGAGUCACUGAAAUUACCGAAAGUGCGCAAACAACCAGCUACGAGACCACGACUUUUGUUGAAUCUUCCACGGAAUCGACUACGGUUCCAAUUCCUCCCGAAAUCCCUCGCAAGUCCUGGGACUCGACAAAAGCCUACACCGACUGGCUGACGCGGAAAAUGGAGAAGACCCUCAAGUCUGAGCAGUUCCUCAAGAAGACUUCAGCCAAAGAAGAUAAGGAAGCUCAAGAAGGAGAAGAAGAACAUCCGAAAAAUCAUCGAAGCGAGUGGAGCGAAGUUCGGUACCCCGACCGCAGUAUUUUUGGGUUCGGACGAUCGAUCGUUCCAAGGCGCCCUGGGAGAUCCCCGAAACCCGCCCCUGCUGCGAGGAGUAUGAUUGCCUCUCCAGGGCCCGGCAAAUGGACUGUUUGUCGGCAUUCGCGGCCGGAAGUUUGCGUUUGGCGACUCGUAGUCGAAAGCUCCUGGAUGUAUGUCACUUAUUCCCGAGCUGGGGGGGCCAUUGAUAGGCCUUUUUGCUGUCGACAUAUCUUGCUCAAGAAGCCCAUUCUGUCGCUCCAUAUCAUUGGUCAUGUUAGAGUUCAUCAACGCCUCUAG